AUGCUGCGCCGGGUCUCGGACGCUGACGACUACGAGGUGCGCUUUGAUGCGCCGCGGAUCGGUCUCACGCUCGAGCUGCACGAGAUGGACCAGCGCACGAUCCGCGUCCAGGGCGUGACGGGACCCGCGCUCGACGGCGGCCCGCCCAUUGACAGUGGCGACAUCCUCGUGGCCAUCAACGGCGCGCGCGUCCGCGGCCUCCCCGAGACAGUCGCCGCGCUCAAGGUCGCGUCGCGGCCGCUCGUCCUCCGCCUGCGCCGGCGCCCGCGCUGCCUCGAGCUGCCGCCCAACUUUUCGCUCCAGCGACAACACGACGGCGGCGACGACGACAGUCUCUGCGCCGUCGUCUCGACCGCGUCCUCGGACGACGUCGGCAGCUCGGCCAAGACGACGUCGAGCCUCGGCCCGCCGAUCCGGGCGCGGCGGCUCGAGUGGUUUCGCCCCGCAACGUGGGCGCCGCCACUGGCGCGAUGGACGCCAGAGACGCGACAAGUGCUUGUCUCCGUGGCCGCGGCCGCCGUCUGCGCCGACGUCGCCAUUGCUCGCCGCGACGCGACCAUCACGUGUGCUGUCGGCGGCUUGGAGCCGGGCAAGAGCUAUGUCUUUCGGCUCCGGGCCACGCGAGGAGGCUUCAGCAAGGCCAGCGCGCCGAUCGCGGUGCCUCGAACCCAUUAAAAGUAGAGUUUUUAAAAUAUAAUGCAACGUC